AUGCUGUUGUUUUCGAGCCGUUUUGCGUGGAGUCCGCAAGAACUCUGUAGCCUGUCUCGGGCAACUCUGGCCCAUCUCUGUGGAUUCGAUGGCUCGCUGGGCUUUUGUUGUUUGUGGACUGGAGCAGGACUGGUGUUGUGGCCCAGACUAUCCAGGGAGGAACCGGAGGGACUCGUUGACUCGCUGGCCUUGACAAAACGCUCUGCCUACGGCCGAAUGAGAAGGAGGAGGCUGGAGGCCGAUGGGGACGCUCUGGAGAUGCUGUCCAUAGUGCACUGCGGGUGUCCAAGAGUGCGAGGCCGUGGCCACUGGACGGACGGCAAUGCAGACGGAGAGAGCACCGAUCUGGAGCCAAGGUCUGGCUACCGUGGUCGUGUGGACGAGGGAAAAACGUGGACCAGAGUUAGCCAACACCGAGGGCGACCAGCAGCUUCACUAUCGCAAAAAGUCCGGGGGUUCUCCUGGUCGUCCGGAGGGGCUCUUGGUUUCCCCAAUGGCUCGGCGUUGCUGCACACGUUCCUUUGGUUCCGAGAUGCGACAAAGUGCGACGAGAUAGCAGCGGAUUCCGGGCUGGGCAUGUAG